AUGGCCAAGAGCAGCACCACCUCACAAACACAUGUUCCCAUUUUCAAAAGCGAAACCUUCAACUUGUGGAUUUUUAAGAUGAAGACAAUGUUUCGAUCAAAAGGACUUUGGCCUCUUGUCGAGAAAGGUUUUAGUGAGGAAGGAGCUGAAGCACAAAUGGAGGAAAUCAGGAAGCAAGAUUUGGAUGCUCUCUAUCUUAUUCAGCAAGGCCUAGAUGAGAGGAUUCUCAUUCGAAUUGCUGAGGCUGAAACUGCCAAACAAGCUUGGGACAUCCUUAAAACUGAGUACCAAGCAAACACAAAAAUACUCUCUGUCAAGUUGUAUUCACUUCGGCAAGAGCUCGAGACUACCAAGAUGAAGAGCGGUGAGAAAAUCCAAGACUUCAUCAGCAGAGUCUUAGAUGUGGUCUAUCAGAUCAGAGUGCUCGGCGAAGAUGUACCUGAGUCAACAAUGGUGGGAAAAAUUCUAAGGAGAAAAGAAGAAGAAACUGCCUUUCAAGUUGUAACCAACUCCCUUGCUGAAACUAGUCUUAGAGGAGGGAGAGGCAAUGUUCAUGGUCCCUUCAGGGAACAUUUUCGUGGCCGAGGCAGAGGAGAAGAAACUAAAAAUGAAGAAACUGAAGGACUAUUGUUCAUGGUCAAUGGAAGUGAAGAAGCAAGUCAACAAACUGUGAGACUUGGAGAUGGUAAGAUUUUGAAGGUUGGUGGUAUUGGUGACGUUCUUCUCCAUUCGAAUACUGGGAAGAUCAACAUAACAAUUGCAUGCAUUCGGAUGACAGCCCACAAGAUGUUUCCCCUGGAUGGUGGAGAUAUAGGGUCUGCUCAAAUGGUACUAGGAGAGACUAAAGAAUCCAAGCUUUGGCAUUGA